CCCGCCGCACUGCGGGAUGGGGUCGGCUCGGCCGGAGCGGGACCUAUCGGGAGGUGACUGGUUCUGAAAUGAGGCUUGGAGCGACCGGGAGAGGGGCCGGUCCGUCCGGGAAGAGGCUCGGACUGGUCGGGAUGGGGCCGGACCACUUGGGAAAGGGCUCGGAGCAGUUGGAAUGGGGCUGGGCAGGGUCCAAAUGGGACUUGGGUCCUUAGAAGGGUCGCGAUGGGACAGAGCUGGCAGUCGGUGAGGAGGAGGAUCUGGUUUGGCUGGGGAAGCUGGUCCAGCUGAGGUUUAGACCUCGCUGAGAUGGGGCUUGAAUGUGGCUGGUCCUGAGGGUCUGUCCCUGCCUUGGGGCUCUGGGUGGUGACAGGGUCCCUUUGGGUAGGAGGGAGUCAGGGACAGGGUCGGUCUGGCUGGAAGGACCUGGUGACUCUGGUGAGGCUCCCAGGCUGGUGGCAGGAAUUGCCCCUUGCUGGCUGGGACUGGCAGGAGUGCCAGCAGGAGCUGGUCUAUCAACAAUGGUGAUUCCCCUUAUCUCCCCGUAUUUGCUGGAGGAUUAGAGGGAGGAUGAGAUUAGCUGUGCCUGUCCUGCAUCUGCGCUUCCCAGGGCUGCUCCUUCACUGCCAGCUCUCCCCUAGGAAGGGAUAUGCCACCAGCCUGUAGCUUAUUGCUGUGGGAUGGGGGCAAAGGCAGAAUGAAUAACCCUAAAUCAGCUGCUGAACUUGUUCUCCAUCCUGAAGGGGUAGAAGUCAGGAGCAGGAUUUGCCAUCUCAGUCUCCCUGCAUCCUUCUCUUGCCACUGCUGCUUCCCUGCUUUCCAUGGUUGGGGGAGGCACCUACAGCACCUGCCGACCUCCUGCCCUGGCUGUUCCCUGGACUACUCUGCAAUUCCUUCCAGGCUGAGCACUGAGCCCAGGCUUGGCUAUCUUGGAAUGCUGGAAAUGGUGUGCUUUCUCCUGAAACUGGGUCCCAAUUGUUUAACAAACCACUUCAGGGAAGUCAUUCCCAUUUUCAUGAUAAAAUUACAGUGCUUUGCCUUCCUGGCAGAGGAGAUUUCUGGAGAGUAACCCUUAGACUUUGGUCAGGGUGUCCUUAUGGAAGCAGUGCUCUCCUUUGAUGUCCCUGGGGAUUAUACCCUGGGCUCUCUGCUCAAUCUCCUCUGGGCCAAGAUCUCUCAGUGGUUUGCAGGGAGCAAAGCCAGCAGCACAAGGAGGCUCUUCCCUGCCCUUCCCAGCUCCCAGAUAGAGCUCAGCACAGCUCUACUGGAAGGUGGGUGGUGAUUAGGGAUGCUGAGGAGCCCAGUGGGAUUUCUGCUGGUUAUACCUGGAUUUGAUCCUCUCUCUGCAUGUGCCUGUGCUCCAAGGUCACAGUUGUGUCUGUGUGUUCCAGAACUGUGCUGGCUGAAUUUUGCCUCGUUAAGUCUCCAUCACUCCCAUUGAGGUGCAAGAGGGUAGGAAAAGGUUUCCUCUCCCUUUUGGAGCCAGGUCCAGCUCAGGAUUGAGUAGGGAGCACAGAGCAGGUGUGGAUUUUACAAACAAACCCCCCAGGUUCUCACCAAAGAGGACAGAUGGAGUGUGCCUGGGCUUGGAAUUCAGUGAGGGAAAUUCUUCCUUCUGGCUUCUUUGAGCAGAGGAGCAAGUGCAGAGGUACUGGGGAAGGCAGUGACCCCUGACCUGAGGUGGGGAGCAGCAGGCACAGGCUGCAGGAAGAGCUGUGGCCCCUUCCCCCUCGCUCCUGCUUUGGCUGCGGCGCAGGGGUUGCAUAGUUGGAAGGAGCUGAGCUGCUUUCUGCCUGCCCAGACCUGACACCUGCAGCACAAGGGUUGUUUGGGAGGGGGUUGUGUUUGAGGGGGACUUUUCCCGAAAAUGUAAAAUGAUAGAAAUACCAGAAUGGGGCCCCAGGGCUGUGCCAUCGCUCAGCAAUGCAGAGAUGUGUUGAGUUGUUGGGCUCCUUUCCUGGCACAAAUUUUGAGCUCCCCAUCCUUUCUCUGCUGCUCAAAUAUCCCCAGUCCUGGUCACUUGAGCUUGGGCUGGCUUUUCUUCAAAGCCAUGGGAUUCAUCCCUGCCUGGGAGGGUCCGUCCACCCCCUCCCUGUGCCCCUCUGCCAGCUCAGGUGUCAGCACAUGGGGUUCCCCGCCCUGCAGGGGCCAGCAUAGGCUGUUGGGAAGGUUUGGAGCCAGCAGGCUCAGCAGCAGCUGGGAUGUGCUGGUGAGAGCAGAUGCUUGUGCUGCUUCUGUCUGGCUUGUGGUGAGGGCCCCUGAGCCUGAGCUGCAGGGAAACUGGAAUAAUGCUGUAUUAGUUCCAUUCGUGCAGCAGAGGUGUGGUUGUAUCCUUUUGAGAGUGUUUGGAUCCCUUUGGGCUGAGGUGUGGAUGUUGCUGGUGGGGACCAGGCAGCUCCUGCCUCCAGCUCCUCUCCAAGGAGCCCAGCACCUCCCCUUGGGUCUUGGCACUUGAGGUUCUCUGGCCUUGAAAUGACACAAGUGGGGAUCUAGUGGAACCAUGCUGGGGCAGAGAGCUCAGGGUUGAGCCCUGUAGACUGACACGGGUCCCUGGCAUAGCUCUGUGCCAAGAACCCACCUGCUGGCAUGAGAGAGAGCUCUGUGUGUGCCAUGGGCAGCACUGCUGGGCUGAAAGCUGGAGCAGUUUCCCAAGGGCUUUGCUCCAAGGGGAGAUGGCUCAUCUGGGAGGAUGUUCUUUGGGAGAGGAGACAACUGAGGCUCCUCCAUCACAUGUUGCAUCUUCAGAUUUUCCCCAGGGUGCUCUCCUGUGCUGUUCUGCUGCUCCUGCUCGUGGCUGUGCUGAGCAGAGGCAGGAGGUGCAGCAUCGCCAAAAUCCUCCGGCAGUACCGCGCCGUCAUCUUCCAUGAGAUCCAGAACCUGAGAAACCUGACUGGGUCGGUGUACAGGAGUGGGAGGGCUGGGCCCGCCUGUCGUUCGGACAAGGACCAGAAGAUCCUGCUGUCCAUCUACAACAUCAGCAUGUCCCUGCCGGAGGUGGGGGCUGGCACCCUGCAGGGUGCUGAGGAGCUGGCGGUCUGGAGGGUGGCCAGGAACACCAACUUCAUGUUCCAGGAGAACUGCAGGAAAAUCAGCAAGAGCCCAGCGCGCACCGUCCCGGCACAGCCCCGGCCAGGGGCAGCCGGCCGCAGGAGGAAGCAGCUGCGGGAGAUCGGCAGGAAGGUGGAGAGGCUGGCGACCUGCUGGGAGAAGCUCAAUGCCCUGCACGCACCUCGCCAAGCGCCCUGGGACUCGUAGGGACGCCCUCGCCGCACGCCGGGGGGAUGUGCUGCUCCAGCGGCUGCCAGGGGCUUCUCUGGGAACCCGGGACAAGCUCGGCCUUGAGGGCACAGGGGUUCAGCCCAAGCUGAAUUCAUCCUCCUGCUCCAAGAGGUGCCCAGGGACCGCACCCACGUGGCUGGGGCUGGCAGCUUGGUUUGCUGUGGGAUGGCUGUGGCAGAAACCUGGAACAGCAGAAACACUGGGAAGAAGGGAAAGAACCAAAAAUAGAAGGUCAGGUGUGGAUUCUUAGCUGCUCCUGGUCCUGCAGCACCCGCUGCUCUCUUUAGGACAAUGUGUGUGUUUGGGGGCAGAAGAGGACAUGUGGGGCCGUGGUUCCAGGGGCUCUGCUGGAAGUGAGGCCACAGUGCAUCUGCAAGGCUGUGAGGUUGUUAGGGCUGGGUGGGGAUGGGUGUCCCUGAGGCACUGCUGGGGUGUGCGGAGCAGCCGGGCACCCACAGUGGACAGGGGAGUAAAGGUGAAUCACUGGACAUCUGGGGCAGCCUGAGGAGUUCUGAUAUCCAAAAAUCCCAGGCAGGUGUGGGUGCUUGAGGCCAAGGCUCAGCCUCGGUGACAGGCAGCACUGUGGGUGGGAAUGCUGGGGUGUGGGGAGAGAAAUGAAGGGCAUCCUCCCUUGUCACUGUGCUCUGCCAGCACCCUGUCUGUGGCCUCCACUGCUCUGCUGGGUGGCAAACAGCCUCUGAGAAGCCAGAAAUAAGACCUCUCCUUCCCUGGAA